AUCAGUUUUUAAAUAUUUCAAAUGCUAAUCUCUCUUAUAUAUUAUGUUGAAAAUAUAUUCCAUUUUGCACCUUUUGAAUCUUAAGAAAUCCUUACAUGACACAAGGGCAUAGAUAUAUUUGUCUAUGGAUAUGUGGUGCUUUGAAUUUGUCAAUUUAAAUGUUUUUAGACACAGUGCAUUUUCUCAGGUUCACACAGACCUCGCUGGACUUUAUUUUCGAAAACCUGGCCAAUUUCACACAUUUCCCCUGGAUAUAUGAGGUUAUAAUCCUGGGAUUAGAUAGUCAAAGAAUAAGAUUACACAACUAGAUUUCUCAGACUUUGGUUGGUUCGAAUUAUGAUUAUAGCUAUACAACCCCAGCCUAGGUUUCCAUGGAAAUGAAGCCUUAAUAGAAUUCAUUCCAGUAGACUGACAGCUUCUGUUAAGUAUUACUUAACUUUUUCAGAGAUGCACUCCAGCACCUAGAAGCUGAAAAAUUUGGUUUAUCACCUGCAUCUAACAAGUUUCCCAGAGCUUUUGUUUUCUAUCUUUAUAUGCGAAAGUAAUAAAUGUUGACUUGAUGUAUGUGACCCUCAGAUGCUGGACUGGAGAUUGGCAAAUGCACAUUUUAUUCUGGCUGUGAUGUUGAUGCUGUGGAGUUCAGGAAAAGUACGUUCAGUGGAUGUAGCAACAGAGGCUUUUGAUUCUGGAGUCAUAGAUGUGCAGGCACCGCCCACAGUCGGGGAGGAGAAAUCAGCUACUAAUCUGGCAGCAAAACUCUUGCUUCUUGAUGAACUUUUGUCUCUGGAGAAUGAUGUAAUUGAAACAAAGAAGAAAAGGAGCUUCUCGGGUUUUGGGUCUCCUCUGGACAGACUCUCUGCUGGCUCUGUUGACCAUAAAAGUAAACAGAGAAAAGUAGUAGAUCAUCCAAAAAGGCGAUUUGGUACCCCAGUGGAUCGGAUUGGUGGAAACCGUCUCUCUAAUUCCAGAGGCUAA